AUGCUCUGCCGAGGCUCGCUCAGGCGGGCCACGCGCUUCGGCCGGCUCACAUUCCACCGCGCUUACGGCGACGGGACCGACGCUCGCGCCCGGUUCCUGAAGCCGCUCGAUGCCCGGCACUCUGACGGCUGGGACAUCCUCAACAACCCGCUGUGGAACAAGGGCACCGCCUUCACGUGGGCUGAGCGCGAGCGGCUCGGGCUGCGCGGGCUGCUGCCUGCGCAGGUGCGCACCAUCGAGGAGCAGGUCUCCAACUUUGUGACGCAGCUGUCGGCGAUGGAUGACCAGCCGCUGAUGCAGAACCUGAUGCUGCAGGACCUGCAGGCCAGGAACGAGACGCUCUACCACCGCGUGCUGGUCGACCACGUCGAGAAGAUGGCGCCGCUGGUCUACACUCCCACCGUCGGCGCCGCUUGCCAGCACUUCUCCUCUCGGUACCAGCGCUCUCGCGGCAUGUUCUUCACGCCCGAGGACGCGGGCGAGAUGGGCGUGAUGAUGCGGAACUGGCCUCGCAGCGAGACGCAAGUGGUGGUCGUGACGGACGGCUCUCGCAUCCUCGGGCUCGGCGACCUCGGCGCCAACGGGAUGGGCAUACCGAUUGGCAAGCUGGCGCUCUACUGCGCGGUGGGCGGCAUCGCGCCGCACAGAGUGCUGCCCGUCAUGCUCGACUUCGGGACAAACAACGAGUCGCUGCUUCGCGACCCGCUCUACCGCGGCUACCGCCAGCCGCGCGCGCUCGUGGACGAGUUUGUGCGCGCCGUCUUCUCGCGCUUCCCGAACGUGCUGCUGCAGUGGGAGGACUUCUCGUCGGACAAGGCGUCCAACUUGCUCGCCAAGUACCGCGAGAACUACCUCUGCUUCAACGACGACAUCCAGGGCACCGGCGCCACCGUCCUCGCAGGCGUGCUCGGCGCGCUGCGGCUGCAGCGGCGGCCGCCCGAGGACAUCCGCUCUCUGCGGGUGGCCGUGGUCGGCGCUGGCUCCGCCGGGAUCGGCGUGGCCCAGGCGCUGCACAUGGCGAUGCAGCAGGCGGGGCUGUCGGCCAAGGCGGCGUACAGCAACUUUUACAUCCUCGACCAGGACGGGCUGCAGUCCAAGGCGCGCUUCUCGUCGCUCACCGAGGAGCAGAUGGCUUUCGCGCGCGCCGACCUGCCCGACGGGAUGGCGCUCGAGGAGGUGGUCGAGCAGGCGAAGCCGCACCUCCCGCACCUCGUCCUCGGCCUCUCGGGCAAGCGAGGCACCAUCUCCGAGGCUGCGAUCCGCAAGAUGGCGGCCGCCGUCGAGCGGCCGAUCGUGAUGCCGCUCUCGAACCCGACCUCCUCCUGCGAGAUCACGCCCGAGGAGGCGUAUGAAUGGUCGGACGGCCGCGCCAUCGUGGCGACCGGCUCGCCCUUCGAGCCCGUCGCUCUCGCCGACGGCUCGAUCAAGACGCCGUCGCAGUGCAACAACAUGUACAUCUUCCCCGGCAUCGGACUCGGCGCCUCCAUCUGCCAGUCCGAGACCAUCCCCGAUUCGAUGCUGUACGAGUCUGCCGUCGCCCUCUCGCGCGUGACCGACGAGGAGGAGAUGGCGCGCGGCUCCGUCUUCCCCUCCAUCUCCAAGAUCCGGCAGUGCUCGCAUGCGGUGGCGGUCGCGUGCAUCCGCCACGCCCACGACCUCGGCAUCGCCAAGGCGUCGCCCGGCUGCGACCACAACCGCGGCGAGACGUACGAGCAGUGGGUCACCCGCAAGAUGUACUACCCUGAGUAUGCGCCGAUCUACACCUCGCACACCAGGUGA